CUCCCAGUAGGCAGCCUUCAAGAACAGCAGCCGCAUCAGUUUUUCAGAGCAGCACUCUUCCCCCUCCCCUCCUCUUUCUUGCUCUCUCUGUUUCCCUUGCUAUCGCUCACUCUCCCACUCUCACCUCCUUCGGCAAUGUGGGAAUGUAGCGGACUGAUGUAGCAAACAAGCAGCCAAGGCUUUCAGAUUUUUCUACCACAAUGACAGGCGGUGGACAGACAGCUGGAGAAAGACGGACAGUCCAGGAGAUCUGAGGGGAAAGGGAUUGGAUGGGGAUCAGUUGGAUUUACACCCCCCUCUUCCGCCCCACCAGCCACAUCCCGACGUUUCCUCUCCCCCACUCUCUCUCCAGUUCCACUGGCUCUCUUCAUGCAGGAUUACCGAUCACCACUACAGCUGAAACAACACUGCACGGGGCUGCCUGGAAGGACAGCAAGGGGGAGGCUGACCCAAGGCAGGGAAGAAGACUGUAGAGGAAGCCCCUGGACUGGAGCCUAUAUAAAACACCUGAGAAAUAAAAAGAGGGCAACCCCUCCAGAGCCACAGAGGAAAAGGAAUCGAGGGCCGUGGAUCAGAGUACCAUUGAGAAGCAGUGAGUUGGAGCCGCAGAGGAGGUUUGUUUCUCAUUGACACACACACAGGAUUUACAGCUAUGGUCUGAAGCUUGCCACACCGUGAAUUGAUGUUCUCCUGCCUCCUGCCUGCCUUUUUCAUCAGCUUUUUUUCUUAUACGGGAGAGAAGUAUCUUGGGAUUUAACCGUUGUUUCGUUACCACCUAACUACAGCGUUGCUCGCCCCCUCCGUCCAGCAUCCUCACCUAUCCAUGUCCAACCUGUGUGUCUGUUUGUUUGUGUGUUUGUUUGUGUGUGUACUUAGCUAGCUCUGCGCCAGAGGGAGUGUAUAUUUGCUUACGUGUGCAUCCUCGUGAGCUGCUUGGCUUGUAAUUACUUGUACGUGUCUGUGGGUGCCCUCUUGUGUCUAUGUGUGUGUGGGUAUAAAUGUAGACAUUUUGUGUGGGUGCAUUGGUAAGAUGCCCACUGUUGGUUCUGUUCCCCAUCCCCUGUCUCGUUUGUGCCCUUUUGUCAUUGGGCCUCCGGUUUGACCCCUGAACUUUAACGGCAUCGGCAGGAUGAGUGAGCACUCAGGAAUGAGCACUCUGGGGGCCAUGACCCUGGAGGAACCCGGGGACGAACAGGCCUCCCCUCGGGCCCCGGGGCCUCUUCGCUGUGGGCCCUGUGCCGUGUGGUCCCGCCAGCAGACCUGGCUGUGUGCGGUGCCCUUGGUGAUGGGCUUUGUGGGCCUUGGCCUCAGUCUAAUGCUGCUUAAAUGGAUUGUAGUGGGCUCCAUUCAAGACUAUCUGCCCACGGACCUGGUGGAUGCCAAAGGCAUAGGGCAGGAUCCCAUCUUUCUCUAUGAACCCAGCGCCCUGCCCAAACGACCAGACACUAUGACCACGACUUCCACCACCAACCCUCUAGCGUCCGAUGGCACGGCCCCAGCCCCGAGAACUCGAUUUGUGCCGCCCUCCAACCACUCGGCCCCGCACCUCCACAACCGGAUCGGCAGUGGCACCCACGUGAUGGGCACCACCACCACUACCCGCACCACUCGACUUGUCCUGCCUGGGGGUAAAGAGAUGACCCCGCACAGCACCACGGUACAGCAGAACGGCAACACCGGAAACAGUCGUAAGGAUAAGGACCCCCCAAACUCACGACCUAGUCCAACAUCAACAACUACCAAAGCCACAACCAAGGUGCAAUCGCCCACUUCUCCACCACUUCCCCCAGCCAAGCCCACCGGGCGCUGGAACCCUGGACGCUCUGUGAAAGGUCCAGCCACACGCCCACACCACCGCUUCAGAACACAAUCUCCCCACCACAACCGGACCAAGCAGCGUGGUAACCAGGGGCAGAGGGUUCUGGACUCCUCGACAUGGGAGGAGAUUUUGAACGGUAGGGGACCCUGGGCACAGGCUGGGGAAUAUCGCCGCCCCCGGGAAGAGCUGGAGGCAGCCAAAGCCGACAGGCGGCAUUAUGAGGAGCUAGCACGGCAGCGCAACAGGGAUGGGAGGACCCGCUGCAAAGGUCCCCAGUCCGAGGUCGGCGGCGAGGGUCACCGCUCUAAAGGCGCCACUGAAGUGGGCAAAGAAGCGGGCAAAGACUAUGGUGGAGUGGGGUCCACGUCCCGCGCCAGAGCCGCCACCGCGGACAGACACCCACCCAGACCCUCCCCUAUAGGUUCAGGUUUUGCUGCCGGAGUCCUCACCUUAGGUGUGGAUACUGUCACGUUCUGA